ACAUAGUGUAACAAAAAUUACACAACAUGUUGAACUGGUAAUAAUAGCGGAAACUUUGGAAGAUGGUGGCCUUGAAAUUGAAAUUUCCUUACGGGUUGACAAGAUCUUACUCGGACUCCCAGAAGCAGGGAAAUAUUCAACGGAACAGAUAUAAAGGAAUAUAUCCAUACGACGAUACCAGGGUCAAGCUCCGCGACUGUGAGACGGAUUACAUAAAUGCUAGUUUUAUAGACGGUUAUAAAAAACGACAUGCGUACAUUGCAUCACUAGGUCCCAUGUCAAAGCAUCUCGGGGAUUUCAGUCCAUUCUGGGAGAUGAUCUGGCUAGAGAAGGUUGAGAAAAUUGUCAUGUUGACCAACCUUGUUGAGGACGGAAAAGACAAGUGCGAGCAAUAUUGGCCAGGCCUUGGGACAAGUAAAAUCUACGGCAAAGUCCAUGUUUUAUUCCAGAGCGAGGAUGAAUAUGCCGAGUUUACGAGGAGAGAAUUCACAGUUACAAAGGGAAAUGAAACCAGACAGCUUCACCAUCUUCAUUUUACCUGCUGGCCAGACAAAGAUAUACCGGAUGAUGUCACAGGAAUAAUUGAGUUCAGACAGAGAGUUCCGAACACACCUGACCAAUUUGAUUGUCCUGUACUUGUUCACUGCAGUGCUGGUGUUGGAAGAACAGGAACAUACAUUGCUCUAGAUAUUUUGACAAAGGAGGGAGAGAGUGAGGGGUCAAUACACAUCCCUGGCUGUGUGAUUAACAUGAGGCUCGAUAGGGCUAACAUGAUACAAACCAUGAACCAGUACGAGUUCUUACAUAGAGCACUCGUCAGCUCGCUGAGUGAUAUCAGUAAACCAAUUAGAGGAACACGUUUUCGCCAGUACAUCAAUCAGAUGGGUGAAGAAGGAUUCAAUCGACAGUUUCAGGAGAUGCAAACAGUUUUAGAAAAACCUCCAGGUUAUGAAAUGCAGGCCACGGAGAGGAAUAACAGAAUAAAAGGCGGGAAUAUACCAUUGACAGCCAUACCAGGAGAUCGCAACAGACAUUGCCGGAUCCUUGAUAGUUCACCUAGAGCUCCUGAAUGUAUGAAUGCAGUUUACAUCGACAGCUUGAAAGCAAGGAAUCGCUUCUUGGUUGUUCAAAGUCCCAUGAAAGAAACUGUGAUCGACUUUUUGACACUGCUGUCCCAGGAAAAGUGUACUUGUGUCGUAAGCUUUGAACCUUCCACAGACAAACAAAAGAAACAAAAUGUCGGAUUGUAUUAUCCUGCUGGAAACCACGUUUUAAAACAGGGCAUGUUUCAAGUCAGCUGUACCAAACAAGAAAACUACGGCUAUUGCACAAAAAGACUGCUAACGAUCAAACACAAUGAACCCAAUGGUCAAAGUUCUGAAAGGGAAGUCACUCACUUUGAAUUCAAUGCAUGGGAUAAUACCAGUGACGUCCCGAUGUCGAGUAAGAAUUACGUUGAUCUUAUCAAAAGGGUUGACGCCAACUUAAGGGAAACUUCUAACCGAGGCCCGGUUCUUGUUCACUGUUUGGACGGGACUGGAAAAAGUGCUUUGUUCUGUAUUGUUUCAAUUUUGGUUGAAAAGAUGAAAAUAGAUCAAGAAGUCAGCGUUGUUAAUACCAUAAGGAAAGUCAGGUCCAGGCGUACAUCAGCAAUCCCAAACAUGGCAAAGUUUGAAUUCUGCCAUGAAUGCGUGUUGUCCUACAUAAAGUCCAUUGAUUACAGUCAAUAUUCAAAUUUCACUGGUGUGUGACAAGUGUAUCUACUACUUAAAUGGAUUGUUGGCCUUGCUAGUUCAACAACAGCUAAACAGAGAAUGUAUUCUUAUAAAUACCAAAAUAGGAUAUUUUAACGAUAUUGUCCAUGUUUUUGGAAAAUGAGAAAAGGUUGAUCCUUUCAGUGUUCUAAAGAAAAAGAUUUAUUUCUACAGAAAGUUUGCCAUAUCUUGUACAAAACCGUUCUUGUCUUAACGUUGAUAGAAAUUGGAUAGAAUUGUCAUCAUUUGACAUCACGUGUUUUAUAAUAUAUUCGAGAUUUAUGAUGUGUAUAAUAUGCAGGCUGCAAUUCAACUAGACUAAGU